CAUUUAUUACAAUUAACUAUGGUCCAAGGUACUGGUAAUAUUAAAAUUUGAUAUUUUUUAGUGGACGCAUUUUGCAUGGCGUCAUUGAGUUGGCAGCCAUGAUAAAUAUUAUAAAGUUAGGAGUGUUAUCGGUUUUACUGGCGUAUGCCAAAGCCGAUUGGCCGAUAGAUCUUUUAGAAGACCCGAUUUACCGUAACCAAGUUGAUGACACUGUCUACCGUCUACCUGAAGAGUUGGACCCCAUACAUUAUGAUAUAGAAAUAACACCAUACUUCGAAGCUACUGCUAAUAGACCGGCUUUCACUUUUGAUGGCAUAGUUACGAUUCGUCUUAGAGCAGUACAAGCCAAUUUAAGUGCUCUCAUCAUCCAAGAAAAUGUCCGAGAGAUCCUCUCUGUGACUCUCACCGACGAAGCUAAUGUGCCGAUUAGAAUCAACACAGCCAAUCCUUUUGAACGCAUCAGAGAGUACCACUUCCUAAAAAUAAAUCUGGCUGAUGGAGUUACCUUGGUUAAUGGACAAGUGUACUUGCUCACUGUAGAGUACAUUGGAAAUAUAAACGAGACACCGCUGUCGAGAGGUGUAUUUAGAGGAAACUAUGUCGGUGAUGAUGGACGUCUUCACUGGUACGCGGCAACUCAUUUGCAGCCAACGCACUCAAGGCAACUCGCACCGAGUUUCGACGAGCCCGGCUUCAAGUCUACCUUUGACAUGAUCGUCAACAGACCCGCGUCAUUUGGAGAGACCUUCGGCAACAUGCCCAUUCGACAGACGAUUCAAAUGGGAAACCGUGUGAAAGAGAUCUUCCACAGAACUCCUAGGAUGUCAGCGUACUUGCUAACGUUGCAUAUCAGCGAAGAAUUCACUGUUAUCGCCGACAACAACGACACUGCUAGGCCCUACAGGAUUCUUGCCAGGCCUAACGCUAGAGGACAAGGAGAAUACGCUUUGGAAGUGGGACCUCCUAUCACCAGGUGGUUAGAGAACUACUUGGGCAUUAGUUACUACUCUAUGGAAGAAAACAUGAAGAACGAUCAGAUUGCUUCGCCAUUCUGGGCGUCUGGUGCGACAGAAAAUUGGGGUUUGGUUACUUAUAGAGAACUCCGUCUGCUUGUCGAAGAAGGUGAGACUAAUGCAAAUGAUAAAAUGACGGUCGGCACCAUAACAGCCCACGAGCUGGCCCAUAAGUGGUUUGGCAACUUGAUUACUUGUCGUUGGUGGGACAAUGUCUGGAUUAAUGAAGGCUUUGCGAGCUACUUCGAGCAUUUUGCCAUGGACGGCGUUGAUAAAUCUCUGGAGCUAGCUGAUCAGUUCAACAUCCAGUAUAUGCAAAGCGCAUUGUCUUCUGAUGCCUCUGCUGGUACCAGGGCCCUGCAGCAUACAGUCAACAGCCCCACACAAGUGACUGGCCACUUCACAGGUAUCAGUUACUCAAAGGGAGCGGCAUUCCUUCUCAUGCUGAAGCAUUUCGUCACUGAAAACACUUUCAAAAAGGCCUUGAACUACUUCUUGGUUGACAGGUCCUACAAACAUGCAUUCCCAUCAGAUUUGUUCAAUGCUUUCGGCCGCGCUGUGAGAGAAGACGGCACCUUAGCUAGUGGAUUUAAUAUCGAACAUAUUAUGAGGUUUUGGGUUGAGCAGCCUGGUUACCCAGUGCUGAACGUAGAAGUUGACAUGAACACUGGCGUCAUAAACCUGAGACAGGAACGAUUCUUUAUCAGUGCAAGCACGCAAGGCACCCUUCAGGUGUGGCCUAUACCCGUGACAUAUAAGGGAAACAAUCCUGAUUGGAAUGCAUUGAAGUCCACUUUCGUCAUGGACUCUAGGAGCGCUCAAAUUCAAAAACCAGCUGGACGUGAAUGGGUUAUCUUCAACGUUCAACAGCAAGGCUACUACCGUGUCAACUACGACGUCGAAAACUGGGUCGCUCUGGCGCGAGUCCUCAAUAACUCUCACGAGAUCAUCCAUGUCCUCAACCGUGCUCAGAUUGUCGACGACGCAUUCAACUUGGCCAGGAACGGACGUCUGCACUACAAAAACGCCUUCGAAAUCUCAAGAUACUUGGAGAUGGAAAAAGAUUACAUCCCAUGGGCUGCUGCCAACCCUGCCUUCAACUACUUGGACAUCGUCCUUAGUGGCGCCAAUUCCUACAAUCUGUACAGGUACUACCUGCUCAACCUUACUGCUCCUAUGUUCGAGGACCUUGGCUUUGAUGUGAAAUCUGGCGAAGAGUUCGUCACUCCUUACCACAGGAACAUUAUUCUGGACAUUAACUGCCGUUUUGGCAACCAGCGGUGCAUCAGCAGGGCCCAGGAAAUCCUGCAAGCUUUCAAGAAUAACCCUAACCAGCGCCCCAACCCUGACAUCCAGACCUUGGUCUACUGCUCCAGUCUACGCGCCGGUAACGUGGAGAACUUCAACUUCCUCUGGAACAUGUAUCUAGGCACGUCCGACUCCAGCGAGCAGAGCAUCUUGCUUAGUGCCCUGGGAUGCACUAGCAAUGCUGAACGUCGUAACUUCUAUCUGAACCAAAUCAUCGACGACAACUCUGCAGUGCGAGAGCAGGACAGACACUCAAUCGCCGUCUCCGUCAUCAACUCCAGCCCUGAAGGCAUGAACGUCGCUUUGGACUUUGUCGUUGAAAACUUCCACAGAAUACAACCCAGGGUCCAGGGUCUUACAGGAACAACUAACAUUCUGAACACCUUUGCAAGACGACUGACCACAAGCGCUCAUAAUGAAAAAAUCGAUGAGCUGGUCAGGCGACACGAGAGCAUCUUCUCAGCCGGAGAGCGUGCGUCCAUCGCCGCUAUUAGAGAGAAUAUCGCAGCCUCCAUCGCUUGGAGCAAUAGCAAUGCAGGCAUCGUCGAAAAUUGGCUGAAAGAGAAUUACGGGCCACCCAGUGGCGCCAAAUCCUUAACCGCUGGAUUACUUGUUCUCAUCUCUCUCUUUGUGGCUAUUUUCAAUCAUUAGAAUUUACUUAUUGUAAUUUUAUAUUUAUUUUAUAAUAAUUUUACGAUAAAAUAUUUUUAUACUUAAUUUUAU